AUGAGUCAUGACCCGUCCACGCCGGCGAUAGUCUCAAUCUUGGCUGGUGGGAUAGCCGGCGCCAUAGAAGGCUUCUCGACUUAUCCGUUUGAGUUCGCCAAAACUCGCGUUCAGCUGCGCGAGCAGAAAGGGCAACCUACUCCGCGCAAUCCCUUCCGGGUCGUGGCCCAAGUCUACACGCAAGAAGGCCUUGCCGCACUCUACAAAGGCUGUUCCACCCUGGUCAUAGGUUCUGUGGCCAAAGAUGGAAUCCGCUUUGUUUCCUUCGACACGAUUAAGAACCAGUUCAAGGACCCGGAGACGGGGACGCUGACGCCGUUGAGGAACCUCGGGGCGGGAAUGUGCAGUGGUGUUGUUGCUUCCAUUACUGCUGUGACACCUACGGAGCGGAUCAAGACGGCUUUGAUCGAUGAUGCGAGGAAUGAGCGGAGGUUCCGGAGUAUGACGCACUGUAUCAAGACCAUCCUGCGAGAAGAUGGCUUCAUUGGUCUCUACCGUGGGUUUGUAGGGACGACGCUUAAGCAAGCUGGCGCGACAGCGUUCCGAAUGGGAACGUAUAACAUCCUCAAGGAUUACGAGCAAAAGCGCAACAUCAAGCAAUCUACUCUCACUAACUUCGGCAAUGGGUCUGUGGCUGGUAUAGUGACGACGCUGGCGACACAGCCCUUUGAUACGAUCAAGACGCGAUGUCAGAGCUCACGAGGAGCGAGUACCAUCGAAGCGUUUCAGAGUAUUGUCGCCGAUUACGGCAUCGGCGGAUUCUGGAAGGGCACGACGAUGCGGUUAGGGCGGACAGUAUUCAGUGGAGGCAUUCUGUUCACGACAUACGAGUGGGCAGCGGCGAUAUUGAACCCGCUGUUUGGGGUGAAAGCCCACAACUGA